GGCUAGGUUCCGUAUCGACCGACCUGUAGCGUUUGACAGGUGGACUCCUUGUCGUACCAUUGAUAAGUGCCGACGCGUGAAAAAUACUGGCGCAACGAAAAUGUGGGAGAAACGCGCGUUUACGCGUUACUUUGUGUUCGCCAUUCUUUUCAAGUUUACGUGCUGUUACUUUGUCAAGAGGUACUCGCUUAUCAUGCCAAACGUGAGGCCGAACACGCCCGAAUUAUAUUUAUGCACUCCAGUUAGGGUUGACUUUGCGAGGAAUUAUUAUAUUGUUGGUUUUGAGCCGAAUGCAACAAUGGAAACGGCUCACCAUAUGCUUGUCUAUGGUUGCACCAAGCCAGGUAGCUCAAAGCCAGUUUGGAACUGCGGAGAGAUGGCGAAUGCUGGAAAUAACCCAGAUACUGCACCUGCUUGUAAAGAAGGAACUCAAAUUAUCUAUGCAUGGGCAAGGGACGCUCCUAAAUUAAACCUACCAGAAGGAGUGGGCUUUAAAGUAGGCGGUGAUUCUCCCAUACAGUACAUCGUGCUGCAAGUGCAUUACGCACAUAUUGAUCGCUUCAAGGAUGGCAGUACCGAUGAUUCAGGUGUAAUUCUGCGUUAUACAACGCAAACAAUGGACAAGCUGGCUGGGGUUAUUUUGUUAGGAACAGGCGGAUCUAUUCCACCUAGAGAAACGGUAUAUAUGGAAUCGUCCUGUCCCAUGACAGAGAAUAAGACUAUUUACCCAUUCGCAUAUAGAACGCACACCCAUUCGCUCGGUAAAGUCGUGUCCGGUUACGUAGUGAAGCCGAAUAACGAAUGGAUCGAACUUGGUAAGAGAGAUCCAUUGACUCCUCAGAUGUUUUAUCCCGUUACUCACAAAGUUCCAGUUACGUACGGUGAUGUAUUAGCUGCUCGUUGUACAAUGAGAAAUACGCGCGAUAGGACUACGUAUAUCGGUGGUACGAAUGAAGAUGAAAUGUGCAAUAUGUAUAUUAUGUAUUACGUUAAGAAUGGCUCUCCGCUUGAACGGAAAUAUUGCUUCACCAUGGGGCCUCCUUUAUAUCAUUGGAAGCAACAAUUAAGUAAUAUUCCCGACAGAGAGGCAUCUACUCUAUAAUAUAUCAAAGUGUGUCAUUCAGCACAAAGUUAGAUCGAUUUUGUUUUAUCAUAGAGAAUUAGGAUCAAAUGUAAACAUUUCCGCAGAUUACAUAUUUAAAUGCAUUUGAAUCCAAUUCGUCAGUGAGAUAGGGUCCAUAUUUGGGGACCAAGCCGUCCUAAUAUAAUUUAUGACAGGUUUUUAAAAUAGUUUAUUAUUUAUUAUUCUUGCGGCUCUUUAUCAGUUCGAUUUAUUCUAUCGCAAUGUUCGGUUUAGAAUUAUUUGUUUAAUUUGAAACAACUUGGAGGUUUUAUCUCAGCAAGAUGACUGCUAUUAUCCAGCAUACGCACAAAUUAUUCCAAAUUAAUUUAUAAUUUAUAUUUUUAAGUGAUUAUAAGUAUUUUUAAGAAUACUGUAAUCAGGGUACAUUGUACUUAUUUUACGUAAUUACUUACGUAAUUUUUUAAAGAACUCGGUAUCCAAUUUAUAAUAUUGGAAUUCUCUUCUUGUCAAUAACUCUUCUUGUCAAUUCUUAUAAGUGUGUCAUAUGAUCAUUCAAAUUGAUAUUGCAAUCAGCAAUGCUACAAAUUGCUGAUUGACUAUAUGUAUAUAUAUAUAUAUAUAUAUGAUAUAUGUAAUUUUCGUGACGAAAAAAAGUCUAAACUGAAGUCUACUAAAAUUUGCUUGUUAUCUAAUUUAUCUCUAAAUUAUUGUGUUGUGUUUUAAAAUUCUUAAUUGCGAAGACAGUUAUGAUUUACAUAGUUUGACUUCUAGUAUUGUGUUUUAUCCGAUUAGAGCUAUCAUGUAUAUCAAAGCAUGCAGAUGUGAUAUAAAAUGGUAAACUUAGGCCUAGCGUUUCAGUUAAUAUUUAUUAUUAUAUGCAGGUUAUUUGAAAAGAUUGGAGAAAUUAUUGGAGUUGAGAUCAAUGUUACGGUACAUGUUACAUACAUUCAAAUUUAUUUUAAUAACCAAUUCAUUGAGAUACAGCAGUAUCUUUGAUUUUGAAAGCCACUCGUACGACGCAUUUAAAUAAUUUCAUAACUGGCACAAUGAUUAUAAAAAAACGCACAGUUUAUGAUUCAUUGAUCGUAGUAUAUAUGUAUAUAUGUAUGUGACGACUGACGAGAGGAUACUUAUAUUUUCAAAUGUUACGAAGUCUUUCUUUCGAUAUCUUCUCUAGACUGUACAUAUACGAUGCUCAGGAAUUUCUACUCCUCGAGACUGCAUAAAUGUUAAAAGAAGAGAUAUAGAUAUAAUUAUUCAGCGUAUUUAUUUUCGAUGAUGUAUAAGCAUGACGUAUAAUUCGAAUUAUGUGUAAAUCGUCUCUGGAGACGAGAUCUAAUUGUGAGACAAUUGUGUAUUUCAAUAAAUGACCUACGCAAGAGUU